AUGGAUCUCGCGUCCGCCGCAGUGGCGUCGGCGCCAGCGGCGGGCGCGUCUGCGGCCAGCAGCAGCGCCCCCGACACCAGCUGGUUUGCGCCGCUGACGAACUCGUGCGAGGCGGUGCUCAAGCAGAUUCAGGGCGUGCUGGUCAAGCUCAACGUGCCUUACUCAUACGGCUACUCGAUCAUCCUGCUGACCGUGUUUGUGAAGAUCCUAACAUACCCACUCACCAAGAAGCAGGUCGAGUCGGCCAUGGCCGUGCAGUCCCUGAAGCCGCGCAUAGACAUGAUCAAGGCGCGAUACGGCGACGACGACAAGCGGGUGCAGGAGGAGACCAAGACGCUGUAUGAGAAGGCCGAGAUCUCUGACGCAGGUGGGGUGCUGCGUCUGGCGGCCAGGGGGUCGCUCGGGCCCAGCGGCACGCGGAGUGCGUGGCGGCACGGCCCGGAGUCUGUGGCGCCCCGCCGGCUGCCGCGCGGCUGCCCGCGGGCCGCCUGGCGGCGGGCCGCGCCGGCCGGCGGCGCGGCCCUCGACCGCUCCCGUCGCCGCGCGCCUGCGAAGCACGCCGUGGCCCAGGAGGGGCUUUUGGACGCCGAGGGGUUCUACUGGAUCCCAAACCUGGCCGGCCCGACCUCCAUCGCGGCGCGGGGCACCGAGUGGCUGUUCCCCUUUGUGGACGGCGCGCCACCCAUUGGCUGGGACCUGGCGGGGCGGUACCUCGUGCUUCCUGUGCUGAUGGUGGUCGCGCAGUGGAUCAGCAGCAGCAUCAUCACGCCGCCGAUCGACCCGGAGUCCGAGGGCGCCAACACGCAGCGCGCGCUGGCUAUUGGGCUUCCGGUGAUGGUGGGGUACUUCUCCCUGUGCGUGCCGUCGGGCCUGAGCCUGUACUACUUUGCCAACACAGUGUUUACGGGGCUCAUGCAGGUGUACCUGCGGAAGCUGGGUGGCGCCACAGUGAAGGUGAAGGACCUCGGGCCGGUGACCAAGGUCGGCUCCGCGCGCCGCCUGGGCCCCGUGGCUGCAGACGACGACGUCUGGGAGUACCAGCCGCCCGCGGCGCCUGAUGCGGCCGCAGCGGCGGCGGCGGCGGGCGCUGCGGACGGGGCCGGGGCCGGGGCGGAGGGGGAGGCGGCGGCGGCGAGGGGGCAGGUGUUCUACGCGCGGCGGAAGCGGGCGGCGGCGGCGGCGGCGGCCGCGGGCGGCAGUCAAGGGAGCGGCUCGGCGCCGAGCACGGCCACAGCUUGA